AUGGACAUCAAGGUAUUAGCACAAGAAGGAGCCGAAGUUGCUCAACCCUUGUUGGAAAAUAUAGUGGAAAAACCAACAAAAACACCAGGACAAAAGGCCAUGAGGAAGACAUUCAAAGGCACAGCACAUUUAGCCAAGCUUCUCCCUACAGGUUCAGUCCUGACAUUCCAAAUCCUAUCUCCAAUUAUCACGCAUGAAGGACAAUGUCACACCGUCACAAGCCGAACUUUGACGUUAGGCCUUUUGGCCGUGUGUGGCCUAGCUUGCUUUCUCUUAUGCUUCACCGAUAGCUUCAGGGACGCGAGAGGCAAGGUCCGGUAUGGAAUGGCAACAUUCAAAGGCUUGUGGAUUAUUGAUGUACCGGUGGAGCUUUCGCCGGAGGAGGCUGCGAAAUAUAGGCUGAAGUUUAUUGACUUCUUGCAUGCAUUCAUGUCUUUCUUGGUUUUUGGGGCAGUUUCGUUGUUUGAUAAGAAUGUUGUCAAGUGUUUCUUUCCAACACCAACAGAUGAAGGUAAGGAUCUUCUCAUUGUUGUGCCUGCUGUGAUUGGGAUCGUCUGCAGCAUUCUGUUUCUUGCAUUCCCUAGCAAACGCCAUGGAAUUGCCUGUCCUCUAUCGCGUAAUUAA